AUGCUUUUCCUUCCAUCCCUUGCUCUUCUCACGCUUUUCCUUCCAUCCCUUGCUCUUCUCACGCUUUUCCUUCCAUCCCUUGCUCUUCUCACGCUUUUCCUUCCAUCCCUUGCUCUUCUCACGCUUUUCCUUCCAUCCCUUGCUCUUCUCACGCUUUUCCUUCCAUCCCUUGCUCUUCUCACGCUUUUCCUUCCAUCCCUUGCUCUUCUCACGCUUUUCCUUCCAUCCCUUGCUCUUCUCACGCUUUUCCUUCCAUCCUUUGCUCUUCUCACGCUUCUCCUUCCAUCCCUUGCUCUUCUCACGCUUUUCCUUCCAUCCCUUGCUCUUCUCACGCUUUUCCUUCCAUCCCUUGCUCUUCUCACGCUUUUCCUUCCAUCCCUUGCUCUUCUCACGCUUUUCCUUCCAUCCCUUGCUCUUCUCACGCUUUUCCUUCCAUCCCUUGCUCUUCUCACGCUUUUCCUUCCAUCCCUUGCUCUUCUCACGCUUUUCCUUCUAUCCCUUGCUCUUCUCACGCUUUUCCUUCCAUCCCUUGCGCUUCUCACGCUUUUCCUUCCAUCCCUUGCUCUUCUCACGCUUUUCCUUCCAUCCUUUGCUCUUCUCACGCUUUUCCUUCCAUCCCUUGCUCUUCUCACGCUUUUCCUUCCAUCCCUUGCUCUUCUCACGCUUUUCCUUCCAUCCCUUGCUCUUCUCACGCUUUUCCUUCCAUCCCUUGCUCUUCUCACGCUUUUCCUUCCAUCCCUUGCUCUUCUCACGCUUUUCCUUCCAUCCCUUGCUCUUCUCACGCUUUUCCUUCCAUCCCUUGCUCUUCUCACGCUUUUCCUUCCAUCCCUUGCUCUUCUCACGCUUUUCCUUCCAUCCCUUGCUCUUCUCACGCUUUUCCUUCUAUCCCUUGCUCUUCUCACGCUUUUCCUUCCAUCCCUUGCGCUUCUCACGCUUUUCCUUCCAUCCCUUGCUCUUCUCACGCUUUUCCUUCCAUCCUUUGCUCUUCUCACGCUUUUCCUUCCAUCCCUUGCUCUUCUCACGCUUUUCCUUCCAUCCCUUGCUCUUCUCACGCUUUUCCUUCCAUCCCUUGCUCUUCUCACGCUUUUCCUUCCAUCCCUUGCUCUUCUCACGCUUUUCCUUCCAUCCCUUGCUCUUCUCACGCUUUUCCUUCCAUCCCUUGCUACCCUUUUCCACCCUCACAGCCACCUAUCUCUGCUCCUGUCUACCCGACGAACUCACCGCCGCCCAGCACCGCAUCCGCCGGCUGUCAGUGCAGGCACUGCGCUCCGAUGCCAGUUGCACCACGGCGGUGCAGAGGCUGUCCCAGACCAAGCGGAUGUGAGUAGUGGCAGUGUGCUGUGCUGGUAG